AUGGAUAUUAAUAAUAAUGAAGUACUAUUUUGGAAAGUAAUUCACAAUAAAUAUUUAUUUUACAAAAUAUUAGAUCAUAUAGAAAAUAAUGAAUGGAUUAAUUAUGAACCCAUAUCAUUAGGUAAAGAGAAUAGGACAAAAUUUAAACAUAUUUAUGAUUUAAAAUGGAUGAUUAAAAAUAAUCAAUUUCAAUUACUAAAAUAUAAAUUAAAAAAUAAUGAAUAUGUUCAUAUUAGUAAAUUUAAUAUAAAGUCAUUAUUCAAUCUAUAUUUAGUUGAUAAUAAUAAUAACAAUAAUAAUAAUAAUAAUAAUAAUAAUAAUAAUAAUAAUAAUAAUAAUAAUAAUAAUAAUAAUAAUAACAGAGUACAAAUAAUAGAUUCACCAAAAGAAUAUUAUAGAUUAAAAUGUCAAAGAUCAAUCAACAUUGAAUUAUAUAAAGAGAUAUUGCAACUAGUACUUGAAAAAAGGAAUUGUGAAUUUUUGGAAGAUAAAAUAAUAAUAGAAGUUGCAUAUAAAAAUGGUAGUUAUGAAAUUAUCAAUUUAUUAUUUGGAACUUUAAGUAAUAUUAAUAAUAAAAAUAAUACAAAAACAACAACAACAACAACAACAACAACAACAACAACAACAACAACAACAACAACAAACUUUGAAUCAUAUACAAUGCGUUUAAUGGACAAUGAAUUUUCAUUUGAUUCUAUCCCAUAUCUACAUUGUAACAAGAGACAUCGUACUACAUUAACCCGUAUUAUGAUAAAUCAUAUAAUAAAAGAACAACCAAAUCAAUCAAAUAAAAAUUUAGAAUUUAUAAAACAUCAAAAUAAAGACAUUAGAUUUGAAUAUUUAGCAGUUACUAUAAAUUACAAAACUAUAUAUAAGCUAUUAGAUUAUAUUGAAAAGGUAUUUAAAGAACGUAAAAAUUUUAACAAUCAAGAUAGAUUAGAAAUUUUAUUAAAAUGUUUAGAAUUAUUUGGAGAACAAAAACCAAAAGAACAUCAGCAAUCAGAAUUAUUAUUAUUAUUAGAACAAAAUGAAGAGGAUCAUAUUCAAAAAAUGCUUAUAAAAUUAAUUAUCUUAACACGAUCAGAUCAACUAUUAGAAUUAUAUUUAUCAAAAUAUCAUGAUGAAGUAUUACCUGAUGAAUUAAUGUCAAUUGAUGAUUUUAAAAAGUUUGCAUUUGAAUAUAGUCUUAAAAAUUACAUUCCUUCGAUAUUGAAACAAAUGGAUUUCACUUUCGAUCCUCAAAAACGUUAUUCUUUCUAUAUUUACUCAACCGCAAAUGAAAAUUUAAAUAGAUCAGUUGAAUUCCUUAGAACCCUUUUAUCAAAAAUAAAUAAUAUCAAUGGUUUUCAAAAUGAUAAAGAAGAAAAAGAAAAGGAAGAAAAAGAAAAAGAUGAAGAAGAAGAAAAAGAAGAAGAAGAAGAAGAUGAUGAUGAAGAUGAUGAUGAUGAAGAGGAUGAUGAUAUAGAAAAAUAUUUACAUGAAACCAUUGGUGGUAUAAUGCUAAAAAUAGAUAAUAAAUUAACAUAUGAAGAACUAUUCAAAUAUAUACCAAAUAAAUAUAAAAAAUAUUUACCAAAAACAUGGAAUCCAUUAAUGAUAAUCUUUCACGAUAGAUAUAAUCAUCCUCUCCCUAUUAUCAAAGAUAUUGAAACAAUGGAUUGGGUUAUACAAUGUGAAUGGAGAGAACCAUCAUUAAAUAAAUUAGAAUUAAGGUUAUUUGAAAUUGAUUACUAUUUCGAUUCUAUUGAAUUAUCGAAUCACUUUAUAGAGUUAAAUUCAAUCACUGAAGAUUUACAAUAUUAUUAUCGAAUACCAUUUUUAAAAGCAAUUAUAAAAUGUAAUAUUCAAGAGAUUAAAUAUUUUCAUUCAUUAGGUAUUCAAUUUAAAUCUGUACUUUGCUAUUUACGUCGUUUACCAUAUUCUUUAAAUGAAAGAUUAUUAAAUCAAGAAGAUGAAUCAAUUUAUCAAGAAUAUAAUAGAUUAUUCAAUUUUAUUUUUGAUUAUAAAAUGGUUACUCCUGAAGAAUAUUAUUAUUUAGUAGAAUAUAUAUCUAGAAAUGGUUUUUAUGAAGAUGAUAGUGAUAGAAAUAAUACAAGCACAUUAAAUCCUGAAGCGAAAUUUAAUCUUUCAAAAAUUAAAAUAAACACCAAUUUAGAUGCUCAACCUGCUGGAGGUUUCUUUGAGGGUACAAAAGGAAAUAUAAUAUCCAAUAGUAAUUAUUCAAGAUUCAUAAUAGAGAAUUUUAUAAUUAAAGAUAAAGAUUAUAAUUUUGACGGGAGAGAUAAAAAAUUUUCAGAAUCUUUUAUUAUAUUAUUCAUUAACCAAUUUAAUAAAUCAAAAGAAAUAAUUAAAACAAAUAAUCAAAUCAAUAGAAAUUGUAAUAAUCUUCAAAAAUGUUCGUCAUCAUCACCAUCAACAGUAAUAACAGUUACAACUACCUUCCAUCAAGCAAAUUUGCAAUUUUAUUAUCAAAUAUUGGUACAUGCAUUUUUUAAUAAAAGAAGAUAUAUAAAUCAAGAACUAACUGAGCAAAUUUAUCAAUUUUUAAUUGAAAAUCAAUUAGAAAUUAAUAAGGAAACAAAAGAAAUUAAAUUAUUUUUCAUUUAUAAAAGAUCAAGAUUAUUGUAUGAUUAUUAUGAAUCAAUAUCUCAUAAUGAUAAUGGUUUGCUUAAAUCGAUAACAUUAGGAUUCAUUAAACAAUCACCAUUUAAUGAUUUAUUGGAUUCAAUGAUAAGUCGUCCAUAUAAAGAUAAAGAAAGUCUCUAUGUCAAAAAUGAAGAUGAUUAUUUGAAUAAUUUAAAGUUAUUCAUGUCACUAAAAAGAAAUGAUUUAUUUUUAAAGGAAUGGGAAUACUCAUGUUCAGUUUAUAAAAGAAAUUGUGCAGUACUACCAAGCAUUAGGUGGUGUUGUCUUAAUUUAGAAUUAUCAUCAAUUAAUAAUAUUUUAAAAGUAAUUGGAGAAAAUUAUAGUCACGAAUAUUAUGAUCGUUUACAUACACUUCAAAUACUAAGAUUUUGUAAAACAUCAUUACAAUUGGGCAAAACUGAUAUUAUUAAAUCAUCAUUUACAAUUUUAAAGCAGUAUUUUGAUACCUGGGGUGGUUUUAAAUAUGAUCACAUUUAUAAGAAUUUAUUGAAUCAAAUUAAAAAUUAUAAUGAAAAUGAUUAUUUAAUAAAUAGGAAUUCAAUAAUAAUUCAACUAGAUCCUAUUAUCAAUGAUAUAAAAAAUAAUAAUUAA